AGUAACUUUACAUACUCUAUGACUCCAGAUACCAAGAUAAUUUUAUGUGUUCUAUUUACGUUUAACAUAACCAUAAAUUCUAGAACUUUUCAGACUUGGAUUUUCCAAUUGUGAAAACAUGGAGGAAGAUCGGGCACAGGCCGAUCUAGGCAUCGCCGCAGAUAUCGAAGAGGCCCAUGCGCCGCCACCAUCGCCCCCGUCACCCCCGGCUCGCAAACAACCAAAGAAGCGAUUUGUAGGACGAAGAGCCGCUGCAAGUAAUGCUAAAAAUGGCUCUGGUGAUCCAUCCAUCGAGGAUAGCGGGGCUAUUCAAGUAUCGCAACCCAGAAGAGCACCGAGACUGCUAAAUCAAGUGCCCCCGGAGAUCUUGAAUGACCCGGAACUUAAGGAGGCCAUGGCUUUAUUGCCCGCCAAUUACUCUUUUGAGAUUCAUAAGACCAUCCAUCGCAUCCGGUCUUCAGGCGCAAAACGGGUUGCGCUGCAGAUGCCCGAAGGGCUACUCAUGUUCGCCACCACCAUUUCAGAUAUUCUCACCCAGUUCUGUCCCGGGAUAGAAACUCUGAUCAUGGGCGAUGUAACCUACGGCGCCUGCUGCAUCGACGAUUACACGGCACGAGCUCUGGGUUGUGAUCUUCUGGUUCAUUAUGCGCACAGCUGUCUGAUCCCUGUAGACGUUACUAAGAUCAAGGUGCUUUACGUCUUCGUCGAUAUCAGCAUAGACACGUCGCAUCUUCUAGCUACCCUAGAGCGAAACUUCGCGCCACCUAAGACUAUUGCGAUAGUCGGGACUAUUCAGUUCAAUGCUACCAUCCACGGCGUUCGAUCAACGCUAGAAAAAGCCGGUUUCAAGGUCCUAAUCCCUCAAAUCGCGCCGUUGUCCAAGGGCGAGAUUCUAGGAUGUACCUCUCCGCGGUUACCCGAUUCCGAGAACGUUGACCUCAUCCUCUAUUUGGGAGACGGCCGCUUCCAUCUUGAGAGUAUUAUGAUCCACAAUCCUGCGAUUCCGGCAUACCGCUACGACCCCUAUUCGAGGAAGCUUACUCGUGAGACGUACGGCCACGAGGAAAUGCAAAGUCUACGGAGAGACGCUAUUACGACGGCAAAAGGGGCGAAGAAAUGGGGCCUGAUAUUGGGCUCACUUGGCCGUCAGGGUAACCCGCACACAAUGACAUUGAUCGAGAAGAAGCUUAAGGAGAUGGGGAUCUCCUGGGUCAACUUACUUCUCAGCGAGAUCUUCCCUGGAAAGCUCGCCAUGAUGAACGAUGUUGAAUGUUGGGUUCAAGUAGCCUGCCCCCGGUUGAGUAUCGACUGGGGCUACGCAUUCCCGCGACCGCUGUUGACGCCGUAUGAGGCACUUGUUGCGCUCAACGAAAGGCAGGACUGGAGCCAGAGUGGUGUUUAUCCUAUGGAUUAUUAUGCGAAAGAAGGGCUGGGAAGGACGAAGGACAUUGAGGUGUUAAGCUAGUAGUAACCACUAAGGCACCUACAAGGUAGGACAUAGAGUCAAUAUGACCAAGCUUGCCGCAAGUUGUACCUUAGCGCUGGGUACGUAGAUAUUUUCCCAAGUGAUGGCAACUCAACACGACAGCUGUACACAGGUAGGUACCUAUUCACCACAGCAACAAACCACCCCCACACAGCAUCCAGGCACCGAAGUAAAACAUAUAUACCAUAGCAACAGACCGUUCCUUCGGCCGAUAGCCACCGGGCGCUGGAUUCACAUGAACCUCUGGUUUAGUGGUUAAAGCGCCCGACGUAGCUGGUCAGUAAAAUCUGAACAAGGGUUUGGGUUUUCGUAGGUCCAGGUUCGAAACUCCCUUGGGGGAGGAGGUCGAACCUGGACUGAGCUUUUUGAUUUUUUUCCUGUUGUCUUUUUUUAUUCAGCAUAACAAAUCAGGGUGGUUUACGUUGACCUAGUUUUUUGCCAACCACCAGUCGAGUCGUCGCACUUACGAAGAAAAAGGGAUUUGCAGGGCUAUAAUUUACCCUUGCGCAUAUAGCAGCAGGCAGUUAAUUAACCAGGCCUAGAAAGGUUAUUACCCUUGUUUUGAAGAGG